UCCAGUUGCUCCCGAUGUGAACCCCAUUGAGCUUCUGAGUUUUCACGUCUUUUUUCCGACGAUUUUUCUCAUUAAAAGCGAGAAGGCCAGCAGUGUGCAGAAAGGAUGCAGCGCACAAGAUUGAUAAUGCUGUCAAGGUCACUCAUCUAUACGGGACAAUUUAGUUCUUAGAAAUCACUUAAAAUUCGUCAGCUCCGAAAGAGCUGUCACUGGAUUUUUACGCAUUAAAAAAAAAAUAAAUUAUAAUAUUUUGGUCCGCUGAGAUCCGCCUCCCUCCCGGACAGUGCGUGUCCACUGCGCCGCCAUGUGUGCGCUGUUUACGGCGUGGCUGUGCCUGCUGCUCGGCCUCGUGCCUCUGGAGAUCCAGUCCCAGGCUUUGAUUCACAGACACAGGCUGAGUUUACCCAGAACCUCUAAAUACCCAAAGUCUUCUUACACCGCCAUCAUGCCCACUGCAUCUGAUCUCUCUACUGCCGUUGACAACCACAUUACCCAGGGAGACAGACAUAUCAUCUGGAGGGCCCUUCUGCACAAAGAGCCCCCGCCGAGGUUGUCCGACCAGUUGCUUGACGAAAGCGACAGUGUGCUAUGGGAAGCGCCGGUCUGGCAGCGUGGGUCACGGGGUCGUCGUCAUGCCAACAGUGGCAGCGGUAGGGGCCAGGGACAUCUGAUGAGGGUAGGGUGUGUCCUAGGCACCUGUCAGGUUCAGAACCUCAGCCACCGUCUCUACCAGCUGAUUGGACAGAGUGGGAGGGAAGACUCUUCCCCCAUUAACCCUCGCAGUCCUCACAGCUAUGGCUAAGACCAUGCCUCGAAUCUAGCCAGAUGCCUUUAGCACUAAACGUUGGCAAGUUACCCAGGUCCUUUGUUGCAUCAGUGGCACAAAAUAAGCCUUUGUCAGUCCUUGCAACCCUGUCUCCUAGAAAUUACGUUUUUGUAGUAUUAAAUCGUUUUCCCAGUUGUGUUGUGAUGAAAAAUACAAUAUCUGCUUGCAAAAUUGGAUAUUUUGGCAGAAAACAAAUGACAUACGUUGUCAGUGAACAUUUUAUUAACACAUUCAUAUCAACAUUUUUGCAACUUGCCAGAUGCAUUGAUUCACAACAUUUUUUCAAUGUGUUAAUAGAAAGCGGGAUUCUCUCAAAACAUAUUUGCUGUUCUAAAUUAGUAGUAGGCCUAUAUACAGGUCAUUCCUAGGAGACGGGGUUGGUCCUUGAUGUAUCAUCUGACCUCAGCUGCUUGGCAGUAAAAGGAUGAUUAUGGUUUAUUACAACUUGGGUCUUAUUUUUGUACUUUUGACUAUCAUUGUCAUUGGUAAUAACAUUGUACUCAUCAAAUGAAUUGCUGAGAUCUCGUAAUGUGGCGACAUUGCUAAAAAGAAGUCAGACAAUGCAAGAAACACAAGCAGUCAGACAGAUUUGAAAGAAACCCCCAGGUUAGCCAAACAGGGGGAACGAAGGGGAAUAGUACAAUUAUUACCCAAACUGUCCGUUGUAAAUAACCAUCACAGUGAAACUUGCAAGGCAGAGGGUCACAUGACAGACGGAGAUAGCUAGCCCAGCUAGCCCUGUCGUACACAUGACCCUUGCUUUGCAGGUUGUAUUGGUGCCUCAAGACUCUCCCCACAGUUUACAGGCCAACUUCCUGUUUCAACUUAUUAUCAACAACAUUUCAGGUGUGCUAUCUUUUGGUUUUACCUCCAAAUAAAGUAGUUUAGAUAAUCUGGCUAAAUUUAUGACUCGUUUGAUCAUUUGACAGGAAACAUUGAGUUUCUUGGCCCAUCAGACUCUGAUGUAGUAAUGUUACCAUGUUUUCUGAUCCAAGCAAUUAUUCUGGUGAGUACAAAGUUAUAACAACCUACAGAUACGAUGGGCAACGCUACAAACAUAAGUUGUAAUAAUGCAGAAUUUCUGUAUUCUUUAACAUUACGGCCUCUAGUUUUAUGGUUGUGUGGGCCAGCGCAAAUGGGAGAUUCCUUAAAGACCACAGCGUUAUCUGCCUUUACGGCCAGUUUACUGCAGUGAAACUAGAGUCCUAGGUGUUUUGACAGAUAUACACUAACAACCAUGAAGAUACUAUGUAUGUAAACAAGGAAAACUGUGAAUCAGAGAAGCCUCUGUCAAACUGGCCUACCUGACUAAUGUCUGCUAUCGUCAUUAGUGGUGAUCCUGCUGAUCUGAAUUUACCUGAGCUCAGUGCUAAUCCACCAUGUCCCUCAAAAGCACCUUCAUCUCCCUCUGCAAACAAGUAGAUCUACUUCAAUGCAGAUAGAAACCGAGAAUAACCUCCAAUCAAACCCAGUUAACCUUUCACCCAAAACCCCACAGUGCGCACAAUUAGCCAAAAUAACCACUAACCCUAAUCCAUGAACUGUCUGCACGCUUCUUAACAGAUAGCUUGUCUUUACUCUCUUAACAAGUGAACCAGAGAGAGGACAACUACACUGUAGAGUGCUUUUUAUCUGCAAACUGUAAAUCUGCGAUGCAUCAUUUUUGACUUUUGUUGCCAUAAAGUUUUUUUUUUAGCCUUAAUUGGUGUAAUCAUUUGUAAGGCCUUAUAAUGUUUUGCCUUUCAGCUGUCCAAAUCAAGCGUCAUGGUAAAUGUUGACUAUUAAAGUGUUAUUUAAAGCUUUAUACUAUUCUGCUUUUCUGUGUGUGUCAGUUCAGCAUGACUCCAGUUUCAGUAGUUGUUCUUACAGGAGGGCUUACAAAUGUUAAUAGAAAUGCAUGAAAGCAAUAGAAAUGCAUGAAAGCACUUUAUUUUUCUUUACAUUCAGUAUGACUUGAAUUUUAAAAAUGUGUUAUUUAACUUAAAAUUAAUGAGACCGUUUUGCUGUAAAUGUUCCACUUUACUAAAUCUUCAUGUUCGCGUGAGCGCCCCUUCGAGGUAUAAGUGUCCUUUUGUAAACCAUCUGUGUUGCCUUCUUCUAAUACUUUGUUUUUACAAUAGCAGCAUUGUGUAAUAAAACUCUAAUCAAACCUUCA